GCAUCUCACGCAAACUUCCGUAGUUGAAAGCGGCAAAGGCAUCCACCCCUCGGAAGUAAACUCCACUGGGGCGUGUUUCGCGAUCCUUGCAUCUCACUGUGUGAAGACUUGGGUCUUGCCCCUCAGACCCUCGGGACGACCCGGCCCCAGCGCAACUAUGAACUUGGAGCGGGUGUCCAACGAGGAGAAGUUGAACCUGUGCCGGAAGUACUACCUGGGUGGGUUUGCUUUCCUCCCUUUUCUCUGGCUGGUCAACAUCUUCUGGUUCUUCCGAGAGGCCUUCCUUGUCCCGGCAUACACAGAGCAGAGCCAAAUCAAAGGCUAUGUCUGGCGCUCAGCUGUGGGCUUCCUCUUCUGGGUGAUUAUACUCACCACCUGGAUCACCAUAUUCCAGAUCUACCGGCCCCGUUGGGGCGCUCUUGGGGACUACCUCUCCUUCACCAUACCCCUGGGUACCCCAUGACAACUUCUUCAGCACAGGCUUGGGACCUGAUCAAAUUCUCCCAGGAUGGACUCCUCUACUCUGAGCCCAAUCUCAAGCCCCUAAUACUGUUCCUGUCUCCUAUAUACUGUUGACAUCCCCCAAUAAAUGACCCUAAUUCUCUA